AUGGAGGGCGUCCGGGUUCAUCUACAUGAGAAGGAGCUGUGGAGGAAGUUUCAUGAUGUUACCACUGAAAUGAUCAUCACCAAAGCAGGACGUCGAAUGUUCCCGUCCUACAAGGUGAGGGUAACAGGUCUGAACCCCAAAGCUAAAUAUAUCCUGCUGAUGGACAUCGUCUCUGCUGACGAGCAUCGCUACAAGUUCUCCGAGAAUAAAUGGCUGGUGAGCGGUAAAGCAGAUCCCGCCAUGCCGGGCCGACUCUACGUUCACCCCGAUUCUCCUGCGCCAGGAUCUCACUGGACCAAACAGCUCGUCUCCUUCCACAAACUCAAACUCACCAACAACCACCUCGACCCCUUCGGCCACAUCAUUUUAAACUCUAUGCAUAAGUACCAGCCCCGGCUGCACAUAGUGAAGGCGGAUGAGAAGAACGGCUUCGGUUCCAGCAGUACGAUGUUCUACACACACUCGUUCCCCGAGACGUCCUUCAUCGCUGUAACGUCCUACCAGAACCACACGAUCACUCAGCUGAAGAUCGAGAACAACCCGUUUGCUAAGGGUUUCCGUGGUAACGACGACACCGAGCUGCACCGGAUGUCCGGCGCACAGAGGGCGGAGUACCCGCUGGUACCGUGUUCGGUUCGUCCGAGAGUCACCCAGGCUCCGCCCUACACCGCACCACCUGCACUCGGACCAGACCACACCUGCUCGGUGCCCACAGGUAAACGCGGCCUCUUCUCAGAAGACAAAACUCCGCCCCCCUGCGGCGACUCCGCCUCCCUCCUGACCUAUCAGAUAUCAGACUCUCCGUGUCACAGCGCCCCCUACAGGGCGGACGUAACCCCGCAGCAGACCCGCGUGAACACCAGGUUUCAGUGGGAGUCGUACCCAGAAUGCUCGUCCUACUCCUCGUUUCCCGCCUGCCGGGAUCUGGGCGCGGCCUUUUACCCCACGCCCGGGCCCUUGCAGGACGUCUACCCUCAGUACGCCUGCGAUUUCGGCGUCCGAUCACAAUGCUCGAUGGAGGAUUACGGCGUGUACGCUGAGCAGAAUCAGCCGAGUGUUAACGGCGGCGUGGAGUGGUAA